UAUAAAUUUAUUUGAAUGUACUUCAUGCUAUACAAAUAUUACAAGAAAUGGGAAAUGCAUCAAUAUAAACUCAUUUAAAAGCAUAUAUUGUGUUAAUGACCACUUCAGCUAUAACUACACAUACUGUAGUGAUGUAAUAGAUUCCCCCGCGCCGUCGUCAUGGUUAUUUCGGAACGUUCAGAUAUAUUGGAGUGUUCUACUUUUUACAUCAUACCGAGUUGUCGAAUGAUCGUAAGUACAUUUUACUCUGUGCUCUUUAACUUUUUUAUGUUAAUAAAUCUGUUUUUUCUGUUAAAAAUGUUUAAUAUUUCAGAAAACAUGCUGUUUUUAGCUCAAAUAUUGUAUCAUAGCCGCUUUUCCGCUGUCCGGUUUUGGUUAAAGGUGUCUGGCAGACCAAAAACCCUGGCGGUGACCGGAGGUAUAGGUCUUUACAGGCCGGGCAGUUGAAAAGCAGCUAUUGAUUUAAACUAACGUUACACGCAGUGAAAUACACAUUCACAAUGCUAUACAGUGGGUGUUUUAAGCGGGGAUGAAAGCAACAUUUGAAUGUAAAAACCUAAUUAACAAAACUAAAUGUUUGUUGUGGUAACUAACUCUGUCCAGACCAGCUGUUAAUUUGUAUCAAUGUAGAACAACUUCAAUACUGUAACUUCACGUCAAACAAAAGUUGCAGAUUGUUACUGGGUGGGUCAGAAGUAACACAAUAUUUGCUGGAUUUACUGGCUUAAUCUUGUUUAUUUGAAAUAUAUUUGACUAUGAUCUUGGUAAUGUUAAAAAAAAGAACUGAUAUGAAUUCUGCUCUUAAAAGCUGAAAUUCAGACCUAACCGCAGGACACAGUCCUAAAAUCAGUUGAUAUUUGGCAGCUCCAUCAAGGCUUGUGCUGUUAUAGCCUGGAAAGCAAAUGUUGUCAGGGUUUUCCCAUGUUACUUUCAUCCUUGCUCUCCCCUAAUGCUGUAAUUUUCAUGAUUACUGUGUGUUUUGGUUAUUUUAAGAGAAUACAAACUGUUCAGAAGCUUUUUAUUAUUUACUAAUCUCAUUUCUUUGUUUCACAGUGCUUUACUGUGUGUUUGCCAUCGUCAUCAGUGUCUAUCGAUCUUCUACUUCUUCUGUUUCGUCAUUGCGUUUGUCACCAGCAUGUCGACCAUUGAUUUCAACCAUCUUUCCAACCUGAUUCCUGCCUCUCUGUCACCUGAGAGCGCAGAAGAGCUCGCCACGGCCCUCUCCACCGGCCGCUGGUGGGCUAUCAUGGAGGUGUUACACCCCAUCGAUGAGGAGCGUCAGUUUGACUUCACUUCAGAUCACCAGAGUCAAACUGUGGAGGACGAGUUUUCUGCGUCUGGUCCAGCAGAGACAGCAGAUGCGUCCUCCGUCACUGAGGCCUCAGGUGAGCUCGCCACUGCCCUCGCUGCAGGGGCCAUCAUGGUGGCUGAGCGCCCUGUUGAGGAGCCUCAGGUUGACAUCUCCUCAGUGCCGUUUUUGGAGGCACCAGAAACAUCACCAGGAGCUUCUGUGCCUGAGAACAGGGAACCCACCACAUCCCCAGUCCUCAAGAGCCAGCCUGGAGCUCCUGUGUAUGCCGAGUCUGACACCCCGGGCUACGGAAAUCAAAUCCCCACGCCUGCUGAGCCAGCUUUGGGCCCACCUGUGUGUCCUGGCAACGGAUACAUGUUUCAGAUGGUUUCAGCAGAGCCUAAAGAUUAUAAAAGACUUCGAAGAGUUUCGAGGUGUCGCCGGUCUCCGACUCUGCAGCAGAUAAGAGAGGCAUGGAAGCAGCAGCAUGUGGAGGUUGUGGCCAGUAGGGGACAAAAUCGAAUCCCUGAACCACAACCUGAAAGACCUCAGCUGACAGAUGUGAACGAAAUAAUCCGUGAGCUUCUGUCUGGUCUUGAGCCUGCUCUUCCUCCCAAAGCAAUGAGAGAACCGCAGGAUGAAGCAUUUGUCAAUCAGAUGCCUCAUCAGAACCUGCAGCAUGUGGAGGUUGUGGCCAGUAGGGGACAAAAUCAGAUCCCUGAACCACAACCUGAGCAGCAGCAACAGAAUGAACCUGAGAGACCCCAGCAGAGAGACUUAGUAGUGAACCGAAGAGUCCGUGGGGUUCUGCGUGGUCUUCAGUCUGCUCGUCCUCUCAGAAGAAUGAGAGAACAGCAGGAUGAAGCAUUUGUGAAUCAGAUGCCUCAUCAGAACCUGCAGCAUGUGGAGGUUGUGGCCAGUAGGGGACAAAAUCAGAUCCCUGAACCACAACCUGAGCAGCAGCAACAGAAUGAACCUGAGAGACCUCAGCAGAGAGACUUAGUAGUGAAUGGAAGAGUCCGUGGGGUUCUGCGUGGUCUUCAGUCUGCUCGUCCUCUCAGAAGAAUGAGAGAAUUGCAGGAUGAAGCAUUUGUGAAUCAGAUGCCUCAUCAGAACCUGCAGCAUGUGGAGGUUGUGGCCAGUAGGGGACAAAAUCAGAUCCCUGAACCACAACCUGAGCAGCAGCAACAGAAUGAACCUGAGAGACCCCAGCAGAGAGACUUAGUAAUCAAUGGAAGAGUCCGUGGGGUUCUGCGUGGUCUUCAGUCUGCUCGUCCUCUCAGAAGAAUGAGAGAACAGCAGGAUGAAGCAUUUGUGAAUCAGAUGCCUCAUCAGAACCUGCAGCAUGUGGAGGUUGUGGCCAGUAGGGGACAAAAUCAGAUCCCUGAACCACAACCUGAGCAGCAGCAACAGAAUGAACCUGAGAGACCCCAGCAGAGAGACUUAGUAAUCAAUGGAAGAGUCCGUGGGGUUCUGCGUGGUCUUCAGUCUGCUCGUCCUCUCAGAAGAAUGAGAGAACAGCAGGAGGAAAUUGUUAAUCUCCAGAAUCCUCCUCUCCGGCAACCCCGGCCUGGUCCACCGCCUACCUACAUUCGCAGGACGGUGGUGGGCAGCAUUGGAGAUUUUGCACGCCAUUGAUGAGGAGUCUGAAAGAUCAGCCUCAAAGAUGAACUAAUAAAUCAAUAAAGAGAUUGUAAACAGAG